AUGAUCAUCUUCAUACCCUAUUUCAGCUCCACAGCUAAAAGUCCAGGUUCCUAUUUGAUUUUCUUUGCUUUAGCCUCACUCAUUUCUCUCAUCAUUGUUUCCAUCUUGUACUCGCAGGAAUAUUCCAAUUUGAAUCAAUUACAGACCUACCAAUGCCAUAUUCAGAAAGAAUUGGUGAAUCAUCGGUUGUGUACGGUUCAAGAUUGUACCAAAGCUCAACAGUUUAAUAUUCGGAAUUUUGAACCUCCACGAAUGUACGACAAGGAGGAUGCAAUGACAAGUUCGGUCAAGUUGGAUCUUUUUGAGUAUUCCUCUCAACACUGGAAAUGGCAACAACAAACUUGUCAAAGUUAUGAAUCCAUUUGUUAUGAAGCUCAGUGGGUGGUCAAUUACAACAGUUAUUUAGGAGUUUAUACCACUAUUUCGUCUGGAAUGAUCUCCACUUCAAGCGAAGAAGCUUCUCAAGUGUUUGCCUUAGUUGUCAAUCAAUCAGUUGUUCCCUAUUACUGCUAUGCGAAAGAAAGUAUUAGUACUUUUCAUUGGCAUGCUUCAGAAUUUCAGGUCAUUAUUCCACGUGACUGGAUGAUUGGUGUGAUUGUCACGUCAGUAUUGACCGCACUGUUUGUAUUGAUGAGUGUGGUGUAUUUUGUUGUGUGGUGUUACAGACGAAGAAGAACAAACAGAAAAUCAAAACGUUCUAUUAAUGGAGAUUCAAGUGAGAAACAACCUUUGAAUGUUGAAAAUGGAAGAAAAACUCCUUCGUCAUCUGCUUCUGGUAAAAAGAAAGCCACAACAGCAACGAAGAAAACCAACUCGGCUGUGGGAAUUGUCAGAACGACCAGAGUUUCACUUCCUCAACAACAACAACAAAUUCCUGCAACCUCCAAUGUGAUGGUUCCACCAGCAAAUACUCAAUAUUGUUAUUACACAACUUCUUCAACAGUGGUUGGAAAUAAUUACAACAACACUGAUCAAGGAACCGUUGUUUAUUACAACAGUGGUAAUAAUGUUGUAAAUCAUGCACAGAGUUCUGGAGCAAAUAAUCAACAACAACAGCCACAACAACCUCAAUCCAUGUACACCAAAUAA